GACCAUGGCUAAAUCCUCUCAAGCUUUUCCAUUCCUCCUCUUCUUCCUUCUUCUCCUUAGAUUCUCCGAUGCCUCACAAGGCGGCAUCGCCAUCUACUGGGGCCAAAACGGCAAUGAGGGAACCCUGUCGGAGGCUUGUGCCACCGGGAAAUACGCCUACGUCAACGUAGCCUUUCUCAUCCAGUUCGGCAACGGCCAAACCCCACAAAUGAAUCUCGCCGGGCACUGUAACCCUGCAAUUGCCGGCUCAUGCGCCAAGUUUAGCUCGGAGAUCAAAGCCUGUCAGGCAAAGGGAAUCAAAGUGUUGCUCUCUAUCGGCGGCGGCGUCGGCAGCUACUCUCUUUCCUCCGUUCAGGAUGCCAGAAACGUGUCCAAGUACUUGUGGGACACUUUCCUGGGAGGUAAGUCACCGUCAAGGCCUCUAGGCGACGCAGUUUUGGACGGAAUAGACUUCGACAUUGAACUUGGCUCGACACAGUACUAUGAUUAUCUUGCCCGUUUCUUGAAGAACUAUGGAAGGGCAGGAGGAAGGAGGGUGUACAUAAGUGGGGCCCCACAGUGCCCUUACCCUGAUAGAUUUCUGGGCACUGCCCUUAACACAGGCCUCUUUGACUUUGUCUGGGUACAGUUCUAUAACAAUCGUCCAUGCCAGUAUGCUAAUGGGAACAUCACUAACCUUGUCAAUUCGUGGAACACAUGGACAAGUUCGGUGCCGACGGGGCGGAUAUUUUUGGGGUUGCCGGCAGCUCCGGCAGCAGCCGGAAGUGGGUAUGUUCCGGCUGAUGUGUUGACAUCGGAAAUCUUGCCUGUGAUCAAGAAGUCGCCCAAGUACGGAGGAGUGAUGCUGUGGUCACGGUUUCAUGAUAAGAAUAGUGGAUACACUGAUUCCAUUAUUAGCAGCGUGUGAGGGGCUGGAGCAUGAAAUAGUAACUAUUUUCGCAUUAAGUUGUUUCUGAUAAGAUUGAAGUUAUUUGUACAACUUAUACGAUUGUUUGUGCGCGUAAUUUCUAUUUACCUUAUUAAUAAAGAAAAAGCGAAUUUCAAUUAA